UAAGGUAUUACUUCUCUCGCAAUCUCCCAGGGAAAGAUGCCAGAAUGCUUGUCCAUAGCAGGUUUUCCCCUUAUGUUUUUCAGGCUUCCCGCCUCGCCGGCUGUACUCAUUUAUACUCCUUGGUAAAGAGAGGCGCAGUUACAGGGAAGUUUAGGGUACCUCGUCUUUCUCUAAAAACGCAACUUCGAAUUUUUAAGAAAUGUAUUUCAGAGGCCAACGUUUUGAAUUCACCUUCUGAGUCUGCGGUCUAAUUGGAUUAUUUGGAUCACAUUAAGAGAGCGAAGCCAAUGAAAAUUCUUUCCAGUGUUUUGCUGUUAUUUUUCUGUAAUAUUUCAUUAUUUUUUCACGCUAGUAAAGGCAGUUACUGAGGUUAACAUGUGAAGGUUUUUAAAGGAGGCUCAACGCAUGCGUCAAAGCUUAAUUUCUCCGUCCUGUAUAAUUAAAAAAUAACGAGUGCGCUCCUCGUGUAGUCUCAUAUGGUGUUGGUGUCCAAUCGCUUUUGAGGAGCUUCCUUAAACCUCAAGCAAAAAGAACUGUUUCAAAUUAAGAAUAACUUUUCUAAGGUCAAAAAUUAGAUUCAAUAUCUUUUCGUGACUUUCAUGGAUGUUUUUAACCACAACUUGAGCUGAAAUCAAUCAUAAAUUCCAAAGAAAACAAAGGGCUUCGUGAAAUAACUGACCCCAAGCGAAUAUCUGGCUUGCCAUUGAUUUACGACUUUUAUGCUUGAAUGCAACUCUCUGUGGGUUUAUUGUUUGAGAUGAUGGGCAAGACAAAAGCGUAUAAAUGACGUCUACAAAUAACUUACAUGCAAUAAAGAUAUCUGUCGGUACAUAUUCACCUGCUGGGAAAAGAAUCUGAUGAACGGAGUACCGCUGGCGUGACUACCACUAUUCAUUUGACGAGAUAUUUGAAGGUACUGCAAGGAAGUGAUUCUAGUUUGCGUGUGUUGAAAGAACGCUAGAGCCACGGUCCAAAAGAAUGUUAAGAAUUGAAUGAUUGAAAAGCUCAGUCUUUGGUUCAAGUUGAACUCUUUGUCAGACCCUAUACGAUUGCCAUCAGUUACUCAAGCGAGUCUUAGAAUUUGACAAAUGACUGUCAUAAUGCUCCACUCAAGACGCAGCGAUGUGAAGAUGUGAAGUGGGUUGUUUUGUUAGCUGCGUUGUAAUUAAUGUAGUAGGAAAAAACUAAGUCAAGACUGCGCAGAAACCCUGUCAAUUUACGAAGAGCUCCAAUAUGAUCUUUGAAGUAUCUCUAUUUUCAUGGAAACAGUGUUCCACUAACGUUCAUACGUAGGUGAGCAAGAUCGAGGAAAUACCGCAAAGCUGGAUAACCAUGAAUACAACUUUACACCUGGGUUCUCUGGCAAAUAUUUCAACUGUCGCACUUCCAGAACUAGCCAGUCCGACUUCCGCGUGGUUUUCUGAAAAUGGCAAGUUUAUUACGACUGCUGAGUUUGUCGUAAGUGUACUGUUUUACUGCUGCGUGUUCCUCGCAAUCCUUGUGGGAAACGUGCUAGUAAUUUUAGCCUACGAGAGGAACUGGAGACUUCAAACUACCACAAACACUUUCAUAAUUGGUCUAGCUGUGUCGGAUCUAUUGGUUGGGUUCGUCUCAAUCCCCUUUUGGUUGUAUGUCUACAGCUGCCAUUACUUGGACGUUACACUACAUCCCGUUGGAUACGAAAUGUACAUCACAUUCGACGUGUUCAUCGGAUGUGCGUCGAUCUUUCAACUUACUGCCAUCAGUAUAGAGAGAUGCAUCGCCAUCGUCUGGCCGAUCAGACACCGAGCCCUUCGCGAAGGGAUCUUUCAUGCGAUGAUUCUUGCCGCGUGGGGUUGUUCUGCGGUCAUGGCUGGAUUGUACCCGGUCCAAUUGAAGCAUUGGGAAGGGGGCUACACGGCAUUUAUCUUCUCUACUUGCUUCAUUGGACCAUUAAUCGUCAUGUCUGUAGUUUAUUUCUUAAUCUAUGAGACAGCAAGGGACUCGAGGUCCAGGGUACACGCCGCAAGAGCAGCCCCCACAAUACACAGAGAAAUUCGUGUUGCGGGAACAGUGGCGCUUGUUACUGGAGUAUUUAUGAUCGCGUGGUUCCCAUUUUUUGUCGUCACUGUGGUUGCUACAUACGAUUUGGAACGCUUACCCGAACCACCUGGACUCUUCCGACUUAUAGCCUUCGUCAAGGCCUUGCAUUACAUAAACUCGGCUCUAAAUCCAAUCCUGUAUGGCUGCCGGAAUCCAGAGAUGAGGAAGACUAUGCUCAAUGUAGUGCGCCAAUGCUAUCCGCUCAGAUCUCGUGAGCAUAGGUAUCCAUCUAGGCUGCAGGCGAUGCUAGAUCCUCGACGUACACGAGAGUUCUUACCCGGUACCUCGUUGGCAGUGCAGUGGCCUGACGAAAGACGAAGCACACCGAUCAUUGGCAACAACACUACUACAACGGUGGUUUCAUUCGUUAAUCGAGAUGGGUAUGUGGAGUCAAGGCCAACAAGUGUACAUCAAUAAAUUUUAUUAUUGAUCACUUUUUAAUGCAAUGCUCUCUCAUGAAAAUAUAUUUUUUAGAUGAACUUGCAUUCGUUGGUACCGAUUAGCUGACGAUGCUGAAGAAUCCCCUAAAAAUUUUAUGCAAUGUUAGCGUGACAGUGUGUGAAAAUGUAAUUAACCCGCGGUAAAUCGAUAAGUUUAAUUUUGUUUAAAUCAACGUUAAACUGCAAUGGAUAAAAAAUAAGAUAAUUACAUAUUAUGUUUGCAGUCAAUAUGGCAAAACUUUCCUCGCUUGAUUUGUAUUUUGAUCAGAGUUAAAAUGAUAAUUUUAAACUUUUGCCAAUAAUGUCUUCAAAGGAGCAGGUUCUCAUAAUCAGCAUCCAUAUGCGCUUGUACAUAAAUAAAGGACAUGAAAGUCACCAUCCUCAAA